AGUCCCAUCUUCAGUCCUACGUACCUCAGCGACCAUUUGUGACGUACUAUUCACUCUCACGUGUUUAUAGACGAUAAUUGACAGGUAAAUUAAACAACAACAAUAUUUGAGGAGCACGCAACGAAUGUUUAUUGUUCAUUCAUAAGCGACGUUGUUAAACACUGCGCCUCAAUUGGAUGGAAUCGAACGAUAAACAUAAAAACUGUCCACAUCUAAUAUAAUUGAAAAAACCACAAUGGGAGAACGUGUUUCCUUCGGGAAAUUCAACAAAAUCCAACGACAAUUGUUUGAUACUAUGAAAGAAUAAUUGGCGUCAUGCCACCAGACCUCUGUGGCUAUACCCAAUACGAAUCUCGAGAUACCAGACAUAAAUUUACCCCCUGGAACUACUGGUACAGAAAUGCACAUGGUUUUUUCUACUCAAAGCUGUCGUUCAAUCCUCAUUUCCCCUGCGUUUCCCGACAGAUUCGCGAGAAGUGGCUGGUAAAUUUGACGGACACAGAGAUUCCAGAUGAUGUUUUGGACAUCGCCUGUUUAGGAAAAGACUUUGGAGUUCCAAUAAUCGACAAGGAACACAUGGUCAUGCGAAAUAUCAUAACGACACUGGAAUCCAAAAUGAAUAUUUUCGAAAAAGAUCAGCAAAACGAGGUGAGGACGAUCUGCGUGGACGUAAUCUCCAAUUUCAUGAGACAAGAUAGACUCCCAAGGUACCCAGAGCUGAUGGAGAAGAUACGGUCAGCCAAAACAUUCAAGAAAUCUCAUCCAGAAAUUGUUUUUCUCAAGGCUGAUAAGGGAAACGUCACUGUGGCUGUCAAUAGGCAACAAUAUAUUGCGAAAAUGUCGGAUUUAUUGAGUGAUUCGUCUACUUACACGGUCAUUAAAAAUGACCCCACUCCUACCAUUCAAAGAAAAGUUAAUAGAUUAGUCCUGAAUUGGUACAACAAUGGUUUCAUAACUGAAGCUGACAAAUGUAGACUCUGGUCCAGAUACGCAAAGAUCGCGUUAUCCUACGGACAGCCAAAGAUUCACAAGAAGGACGUUCCCUACAGGAUGAUCGUCUCCUUCAUGGGGACACCCACUUACAGCCUCGCCAAAUACGUACAGAAGAUUUUAACUGAUUGCAUGAAGGAAGAAGUCAAACUUACCAGGAAUAAAACAUCAAUCAUAAAUAGUUUCACCCUAGUUAAAAAAAUCAGGAGUCUGAAUCUCCCCGAUGACUUUGAAAUGAUCUCCAUGGAUGCGGUAUCACUGUUCACAAAUAUUCCAAUUGUCCUCGUGAUAGCUGGUAUCAAAAAGCGCUGGAAAUGGAUUCAAAAAUACACGAAAAUAACUCAGGAUUCGUUCAUCGACGCUGUUUCAUUGUGCGUCAAUGCCUCAACAUUUCAGUUCAACAACAUAAAGUAUCAGCAGAUCUUCGGAGCUGCCAUGGGCUCUCCAUUAUCCCCAAUCGUCGCUGAAAUUGUUCUCCAGGAUUUGGAGAAUUUCUGCAUAAAGAAAUUGGAUUUUCCGGUAUACUUUUACACGAGAUACGUCGACGAUGUCCUGGCCUUCGUUCCGAAGGAUAAAGUUAACUCGAUACUGUCCUGCUUCAAUUCAUACCACAAACGUCUUCAAUUCACGUUGGAACGAGAGGAGAACUCGAAGAUUAAUUUUUUGGAGGUCACUCUUAUCAAGAGCACGGGCAAGAUCGAUCUUGAUUGGUAUCGAAAGCCCACGUCCUCUGGAAGGUACUUGAAUUAUUAUUCUCACCAUUCGAAAGGACAUAAGAUCUCUACCAUCUGUAACUUAGUGGAUCGAGCGAUUUUACUCGCAAAUGUUGAGUUCCAUUUGAAAAAUUUGUUUUUUAUCAAGAGAGCGCUAAUUGAGAAUGGCUAUCCCCGGAGCUUGAUAUUGAAAACAGUGAGAAGACGUCACUCGCUUCUCCUCUAUUCCAAUCGUGGCUACUCGGAGGGAUUUUACAGGUCGAAGAGGGUGAAGCAGGAGAAACUGGUGGCUCUGCCCUACGUCCAGGGACUCUCGGAAACUCUUAAGUCGCAUCUGAGGAAGUUUGACAUAUCGUUGAGCUUCAAAAGUGACAGCAGUCUUCGCUGGCUCUUCACUGGUCAUAAAGAUAGAUGGCCACAUGGUCAACUGGUGAAUACGGUUUACAAAAUUUCCUGCUUGGAGUGCGAAUUCAUCUUCAUUGAUCACACGAAACGACCGCUGGGGAUGAGGAUGAAGGACCAUUAUCAGAGUCUGCGACAGCCUCACAACUUUCAAGACUCCAAUCCAUUGACCGAGCAUGCUUUUCAGUACCUUCAUGACUUCGAUUUCGAAAGGGUUGAAGUGCUCGCUAUUGAGAAGAACUACAAGAAGAGGGAAUUGUUGUCGCUUAUGUUUAAAGAAGUGGAAUUCCCGGAGGCUGACGAGUCCGUCGAUCGGAUUUCUCAUGUCAGUAAUAUUUAUUCGAGUCUGUUCCAUUCAUGAGUAGAAGUCUUUUGUAUUUGUUGAUUUGUGAUAUUUAAUAUUUAGUUUAAUAUAAUAAUUUAUAUUGCCAGCUGUUAUUAAUUGAUGUCAUUAUUGUUGUUGAUGAGUACGAGACGAGAGAGGAAUUCGGGCGAUUUUGUGUUCUAAAUUUUAUAAUUUUGUUAAAAUUGGUUUUGAGUUUAAAUAUAAGUUUAGAUUUGGUGGGAAAAAGAGAAGGUUGUUUUCUUUGAUUUUUCACAAUCUAAAAAAAUGAGUUCUCAGCAAACAGGAAUAAAUUAUCCUCGAGAGUAACUGUAUCAUCAUCAUUGGAACAUACUCGUCUCUAAUAACCCCUCCACAUUAGCACACAUGAACUAAUUGCAACACACAUUGCAAUUACUGAAGAAAAAAAUGAUAUAUAAUAAAAUAGUCCUUGGCAGUUGU